AUGCUCAACAUUUAUUUUUAAUGGCCACUAGAACACUUAAGACACGUAGAUACAUUAGAUGCACAGUUCUUCUCAAGAUGACCAAAUGAACAGCAUUUUCGGAACUGCAUAAUAUUGAGGUGAUCAACGACGCUGAACUUCUUCCAUCCUACGUAAACGAAACCUUUUGUUAGUAGAAGUCUUAUAAUUGAUGAAGACACUUCUAGAACUAUGUACAUAUUUUUGGAAUCCCUAGACAUUAACUUUGCGACUACUUUCAUCGGGGUUGAAGAAUCUUCAUCGUUGAAAUGCAACAUUUUUUAUUAUAACACGAGGAUUAAAUUUCUUGGAUUCACCAAUACCCAUUACCAAGCUUUUUUUUGUACCACUUAUAUGAACGUUUAGGUGGACUGGAUUGACUGCAUCACUAUUGCAUCUGACUACAUCGGGAUUCUGCUUGUUGUUUUCUGUUUUUACCAGAAAUACAGAUUAAUCAAUAUUGUUUACACGUUUUUUCAGAAUAUCACUGUAGGCGGGUCUAUUUACAUCCUUGCGCACAAAAAGUGGUUCACCUUCGCAGGUACAAUAU